AGAAGAUGGACGGAGUGGGAUCGUUCGGAGCGGGUCGGGCCGGAGCCACAAUCGACCCGAUUGCCUUCGCCAAGCAGCCGCAGACCAUCCUCCGGGUUUUGUCCUGGAUAUUCUCCCUGGUGGUCUUUGCCUCCAUUGUGAAUGAGGGCUAUGUCAACAUUGGCAGUGAGCGUCUCCACUGUGUGUUCAACAAGAACGCCGAUGCGUGUAACUAUGGAGUGUUCGUGGGUCUGGUGGGCCUGCUGGCCUGCACCUUCUUCUUCAUGCUGGACUACAAGUUUUCCUCCAUCAGCUCUGUCAAAGACAGAAAGAAGGCUGUGAUGCUCGAGGUUGGCUUCUCAGGCUUCUGGACCUUCCUGUACUUUGUGAGUUUCUGCUUUCUGGCCAACCAGUGGUCUCGCACCACUGCUGACGAGCUGCCACUCAGCCAGGGGGCGGACGCAGCCCGGGCCGCCAUCACCUUCUCUUUCUUCUCCAUAAUUACCUGGGCGGGUCUGACGGUGCGUGCAGUGCAGAAGUACCUGCUUGGUACCGACAUGACCCUGUUUACCACUGAACAUGUGGACGGUGGUGCACCUGCACAGCCAUUCCCCUCCAGUUCACCAGGGGGCACCACCACCACCACCACCACCAUCACCGGGACCACAGAGACCUACCAGAGCCCACCAUUUACUGAGAACAAUGCAGCACCUACAUACCAGGUUCCCAUCUACUAG